AAAUUAACUAAUUCGGCAGAAUUAAAAAAAAUUAGCAACAGUACAAAGUGCUUACGUGACCCUUCUUAGUGGCAGUUUAUAUUAAUAAUGACUCUAGAAGUCAUCUAAAUUAAAACGAGAUUCAAUUAUUGUUUUAUAAUAUUUGCAAUUGACAGGCAAGUCUUUGUUUCAUUGUCAUAGAUUCAAAGUAAAACAAACAUCAAAUAUCAGUUUCUCAUACAGAAAAAUCUCUAUUAUAGAGGUAUCUUACAAUAAAAGCACCUUGAGGGAGACUGCUGCUGUGAUUCGUUUAUGUCCAAAAAUGGUAAUUGAAUAGAAAUCAGCACCUAUUUUGUUUAUAGCACCGAGUCUCCGUGUUGAUUGUUAGUGUUACCUAUAAACUCCUUGGCUGUAACAGGUACUGAAAAUCAGCUACGUUGUGGACCUUGCUGAGAGUGCAUCCAAACUUAUGUUAGAUGAGGUGCUUAAACUUUAUUACUAUAAACAGUAAUUCAGUUCACAUAUAUAUGUUUUGUAUCUUCAUUAUCAUAACAAAUUCAUAUAAUGAAAACAUAUGUGCAUAUUUACACCAUCUUAAAGUUUUAUAAGUGUAGAUUUUACAUCUCCAAAAGCAAAUUCUAAUAUUCAGCGAAACGUAUAAUAACUAAUGAAGACCUUAGCCAGAACUCUAAACACAUCUGCAAUCAAACAAAGUGUGCGUGGGGGGGGUUGUUGUGUUAUUUUUUUGCAGCCUGUAGUGAAACAGUUCCUCCUUGUGCAGUGCUGUAGAGGGCAGUUUAAGUAAGAGAUAUCCAGGUGAAGAGAAAACGAGGCAUUCCCCACCCAAACUUUCCACUGCUUCCAUGUCUGUGACCUCCUCCUUCCAGCAGUCCUGUGAACAAAGUCAAUGGUGGGCGGGACUACGGUGCUCAGUUUUCAGCCUGUUCCGAACGUGACAGCGAUGAUCUCGAGCUCCCAUUGGCUCCUGUCUGCAAAUACGUCACAAUCAUGAUUAGAAUUGAUGAUCGGACGUUCUGAUUUCAUUGUCUAGCAAAGGGGACUGGUGAAGAAAUCUGCUGAAUUUGAGCGUUCGUCUGAUUUUAACAUCAAAAAUGGUAUGUAGGGACGUGAUUUUUCCUUUUUGCUUCAGGGUACCCCAGAACGCUUUGUAGCCUGGCAUCCGCUCGAAGCCAGGGUCAGUGAGAAUGAUCCUGCCGCGGUCGGGAAAUCACAGAUUUGAAGGAAAAGUUUAGCUGCAGCUAUCCAUUGGGAGAGCUAUGCUAAUGCUAGCUACCGUUGGCUGGCUCAGACAUGGCCGCUCGGGCCUGCAAGCUAACGUAGGCUGUCUGUGUUGCCAUUGUGACAAAGCGGUUCUUACCCGGUCAGUUUACUGUGCGGGUUUUCGACCGUAAAGUUAUGGCACGAGCCUCCCGUGCGGUAAAUCCGCGCCGGAAUCCGCCGUUUCCUGACGUGCCCACAAUUUGUUUGCUAAUUCUCUCCUUAAUGUUUCCAUAUUGACUGUAGCCAUGCGCAGUCAGCCUUUCAAAAUAAACCUGCCGCCUGCUUAUUGGUCGCACAACAUUCCCGUAUGUGACUUUUGUUUCAAACAAAACAUUUCCCAGCUCUGCUUUAAAACUUGUUCGCCUUUGUUUUUCCAGCUCUGUGAAAGUCCGCGUGGGUUUUUUUUACGCUAAUUUGGCUACCGCUGUUUUCUUCCUCACGACCCCGUCCUAACGCAGGACAGCACUGCUACGAAACUUGCACACAUUUAAAAGUCUCACAUUUAACUCAGCCAUGUUAAUAAAUCAGUUUGUAACAAAUGGACAAGGUUACCUGUGUGCCACUUCAUUACUCAUGACGGUGUGUACAAUUAAAUUGAAGGCUGAAUGGCUCUAACAAUUACCAGGAGUUUCAACAGGACCAUUUGUUUUGUUUUUGCCAAAAGUCAGGCAUAACGUUAUCAUUUAUAAGUAUGUAAUUAUGACUUUUGGAUUUAUUAAAGUACUCUUAGUGGUUUUCAUUUGAUAAAACAAGUACUUGUUUUGAUUAGUAUUUUGAGUAUUUUAACUGCACUAAAACUACUCAGCUGCUCAAAUGACUGAGUACUGUUAUGCUAUUAUAGUACUGGACUAUUAUAACUUUUAUGCCCUGUGCCCUCUUUCCUUUGCAUUCUGCUUUCAAGGAGCCAGACUGUCUUUUAAUUUUGCAGUUAUCCAAGAAAUAGUUCUGCAAGAUUUUCAAUGUUUUUCUUUUGAAAUUGUUUAUUUUUUUCACUCUUUUCCAAUCCAAUUGGUGCACCUGAGCAUUUUCAGAGAGAUGCUGUUUUUGUUUGUUUGUUUGUUUGUUUAAACCACUUGACUAUGACUCAUUCAAGCAUAAAAAAGGCUCUUAACUCAAUGGAUGAACCGGUUUCAUAUCUACACAUAACAAUUUAGCAAAGAACUGUUUUUAAAUUGUUAAAAUGUUAUUUGUUACUAGCAAUCUGUUGCAGAAUCACAUAAUUUGUUGUCAUUUCUUUAAUUUAAUUCACAAAAAAAUCCCAAACAUAACAGAGUUUGACAGGUGAUUGCUAACGAGAGGUUAAUUGACAACUUGGCAUAUCUUGGUGUGGUGUGCAGUGUAUCCAAAAAACAAAAACAAAUGUGAGGAAAUUGGACAAGUAGAGGUUGGAAAAAAAAAGGAUGAAAAAGCCUAACACAGGACCUGUGAAAUGCAUCUGACCUUCAGCUGAAUCAUCUGUUGUUCAGUGAAGCCUCAUUAGAAAUGGUCUCAGUCGUAGGUAAGGAAGGAAAACAAGGAGAAAGAGAGAGAGCAAGAACUGGACUGAAAAUCAGUGGCAACAGGUCUGAUGGAGUGACAAAUCCAAAUUUGAAAUUUCUGGUUCAGUUAUGAGAGAGAGGUAUGACAGCGAGGAUUUACAGCCAUCUGUAAAAGACAAUGGAGGCUCUGUCAUGGUUUGGUGCUGCAUUUCAGUUGGUGGUGUUGUCAUGCAUGGAAGCUGUCUGACUGUCAACAGCUUCAUUUUUCAGUAUGGCAAUGAUCCCAAAACAAACUGCCAAUGCGAUAAAAGCAUACCUGGAUAGAAAAACACUAUCAGUCAUGGAUUGUCCUCCCCAGAGCCCAGACCUCAACAUUAUUAGAGCACUGUGGGAUGGUCUUGACAGAACAGAACAAAAAGCAGCCAACAAGCAAAGAAUAGGUUUGAAUGCCCUUCAGGAAGCCUGGAAAACUAUUCCUGAAGACUACUUGAAGAAAUGACAAGAAAGUUUGGCUCAGGGAGUCCAGGCUGUGCUGAAUAAUGAAGGUGGUUGCACCAAGUAUUGGCUUUAAAGCUGUACCUCUGUUUUUGCCUUAUAUACUGUAUUUAUAUAGUUAUAUAAGGUGAACCAUAUGUGCAUGUUUCAGUUAAUCACUGCACUUAUUUCCUGUUUUCCUAGCAAAAUAUAAAGAAACGAGUGGUGGCUCAAGACUUUUUUGUUACGUAUAUAGGUGUGUGUGUGUGAUAAAAGUGAUUUCAUUUCUGGGUUUUUUUUUUUGUCAAUCCACACUGCUAAAUGGAGUAAUGUUUUUUUUCCUUUUCUUUUACUAUUUAUACUCUUUGUUUACACUUUGCAAGAAGGUGUUGUCUGCUUUGCUUUCUCCUCAGCCACACUACCCAGCGGCACGUCGGGUACACUGAGACAAAAUGGGCACAAACAAAAUAGUGCAAAUGUAGAAAUACGGAGGUUUCGCUUUGAUCUGCAUGGCUGCCCCGUUCCCCUCCAGCAGUAGAAUGGAUGCGUGGCCACAAAGGCGUGGCCUGCAGACGAUGAACCUGCGGUCAGUAUUUACGGCUGAGCAGCAGAGGAUCCUGGAACGUUACUAUGAGAAUGGGAUGACCAAUCAGAGCAAGUCUUGCUUCCAGCUAAUACUGCAGUGUGCUCAGGAGGCCAAAUUGGACUUCAGUGUUGUCCGGACAUGGGUUGGCAACAAAAGGCGUAAGCUCGCCUCCAAGGUUCCCCAGAAUGGAGGGGUGUCUCAUUCCUUAUCUAGUCAUGGACUAGCUGGGGGAAUGCUCUCCAAUCACACAUUGGCCGGAGGUGCUUUGUCCAAUCACAGCCUAGCAGUAGGAGCGCUGCUUCCUGCUGACAUGACUGCAGCGCGGAGCAUCCAGAACCGCGUGCACCUUCUCCCUCCAUCCUCGUCCUUCCCUUCUGUGUCGUCGACACCUUCCCCGCCCUCAUCUUCCUCACCCCUAAGCAGUGGAAGCAACAACAACAAUGAUGUAAUACUAACAGGGAUCUACUCUCUGAACCCUGGCCCUCAGUCUCGACCGAGAGCCACGGCCCCACCGCCUCAGUCAGACUCUGACCUCUCUGCGCACACAUCCUCAUCUCUGAUGAACCAGGUGCUGCAGAUCAGGAACAGUUCCUCCUCCUCCUCACCCGUCCACUCCAAGUUAGUGUCACUUUCUCAGAAUCUCCCAUCCCUCACUUCUGCCUCAGGGCCUUUAGUCUACACUGCAGUCAGAAAAGGUGCUUUAUCCCUUGGGGAGGGGGGGGUAAGCGCAGGAGCAGGGGUAGUACCUCACAGCUGGACUAGACAAUACGGUACAGCGCAAAUUCGCCCUUGGUCCUCUUCCUCACAAUCCCAGACUCAGCUUCAGCCCAGACCUCACUCCAACCCACAACCUCAGCCGCCUGCUCCACAGAAAACUCGGGUCUCCUUGCCAGUUCACAACGCCGGCCCGUCCUCUGAUCAGACACCUCGUAUUCAGCAGGUUUUCACCUUGUCAGAAAAGGGCGACAGGGACCGCCUCAGACCCGGACCAAAAUCAGCUCGUAAAAGCCAGGAAACCCACAGGUCAGCACCUCUGGACACCAGUCAUAACUUCUCCAUUGCCAUGGAAACUGGAGAUGAAGAAGAUGAGUGGCAAAGGGAAGAAGAGUUGGCAAAUAUGGCCGCUCAAACACACAUCCACAGGGAGCAGACGUCAGCCAGCCCAAUCGGGGCCGAAGUGUCUGUCGUGCGAGGAAACCACACACCUCCGAUGACGAGCUCCAGACCCGCAUUGCUUCAGGGCAGCUACUCCCUCACAGCACAGACCUCACUUACAGGGGAAUCCAGCUCACAAACUGCAGUUGGUGUAUCUGCUGCCCCCUGGGUUAUUAGCAACUCCAGAAAGAGAACACUGCAGGAUCGGACCCAGUUCAGUGAUGGGGAUCUUAUCCAGCUAAAGCGCUACUGGGACCGAGGCAUGACCAGCCUGGGCUCAGUGUGCAGGGAGAAGAUCAGCGCUGCAGCAAACCAACUCAAUGUAGACACUGAAAUAGUCAAGACAUGGAUCAGUAACAGACGGAGGAAGUACCGUCUGAUGGGUAUUGAAAUCCCUCCACCCAAAGGUGGGCCUGCUGUAUUCACAACCUCAUCGCCAGGAAACCAAUCGCCAGUGUCCCUCAGCCCUAACGAGGAGCGCCUCAGAACCCCUGAAAUCGGAGAUGACAUGAACGAUGGCGGCUCUGUGUGCCUGUCUGAGGAUGGCACCAUCGAUUCACAACACAGGGAUGGAGAGGAUGGAAACGAUCUGUCCAAUGCUGCUCCAAUGGCCAAUAAUGUGAAGAUCGAAGUGAUCGAUGAGGACGAGGAAGCCGAUGAGGAUGAAUUAGUGGCUUCGGACCUUGAGCAAAUGCAGAACCUGCUGGAAUUCAAGCAUGAGGAAGUCCAGUUCUUGGAGAAUGAGCUAGAGAACCAAAAACAAAAGUACCAGGAUCUUGCAAGCUUCACAAAAAGCCUGCUCAGUGCUGUGAGGAACAAUGACCUGGAGAGGCAGCAGGAACUCAUGGCCAGUCUACCUCAGCCUUCAGACCAGGAAUGGGACAUGACCGUGGACAGAGGAGCCCAGUCUCCUGCUGAGUCAGCAGAUGAAUCCUCCAACCACAGUAACCCCCAGGCAGCCUGCGCGAGCUUCAGAGACCCUCAGCUGGCCCAGGCAAACGAAGUCCCGCUGGUCACCAUGAUCAAAGAUGAUACUGAUGUUGCCGAGCCCUCUGCAUCAGAGGAGCAAAUGCAGGAAGCAGAAGCAGAACCAGAGUGACACAGACACAAUUAUAGAGAUGUUUCCUCACUCCAAAAAGAGGCUUAUUUCAAACUAUAGAGACUGUAGUGUCUAACAAUUACAAAAACACUCUUGGAAAAGUCACACUCCACGCCCAGUGCCUGUGGAUUGACGCUUCACUUAUGACUGUUGGGCUUUUUUACUGCAUAUCAUUCGCCUUGAGAGAACAAUAAAUGACCUCUAACUUAACUUUGUCUCGUGUUUUGUUUUUCUCAUGUAUUACUGAGUAUGAGUAGGAAAUUAUGUAGGAAUUUAAGCUGUAAAAAUACAACUUCUUAAAAACAUUAACAAACUUGUAACUGCAAUGAUCGCAGCUGCAUACACACACACUGCUACUGGAGCGCCAUCAGUAUGAGUUCAGUUAAUCAACUUCAGUGCAUCCAGAAUGCUGCAGUGAAAGUACUGACGGGGACUCCAAGCAUACAGGCUUGAAUAAUCAGGCCCCAUCUAUCUUCAUCUUAUCUCACCCCAGUAGAGCACUUUGCUCUCAGGCUUUUGGCUUACUACUGGUUUCUAGGCUAUUUAAAAGUAGAAUGGGAGCUUCAGCUUUCAGACCCAUUUUCUGUGGACGUAACUCCCAGUUUGGAAUCGGGACACAGACAUCCUCUCUAAUUUCAAAAUUAGGCUUAAAACUUUAUUUUUUUGAUUAAGCUUAUAGUGAUGGUUGAAUCAGGUGACCUCAAACCCUUCCUUAGUUACACUGCUGUAAUAGUUGCAGGCUGCUCAGAGUUGGGUUGAGCCUGGUUCUGCCAGAUAUUUCUUCCUGUUAAAAUUGAGAUUUUCCUUACCACUGUCGCAAAGUGCUUCCUCAGGUUUGAUUGUUAAAAUACAGUUAGUCUUAUUGCGAAUACUGGUAUUUAUUAACAGAUUGGCACGUAAGUUUUGACCUACUGUAUCUUGACUUGUACAAGGAAGUAUUAAUGGCCAAAUAUGUACACGAAUAUAUAUUUAAAUAAUUAAGCUGUAUUGUUUAGACUGAAGAAAUGCGUGUGCCAAAUCAAAUAGACAAAUCCACGCAUGUAGUCGUUCACUACACAAACACGGAGCAUUUGUGGGUGGGAGAAAGCUGCAGAGAAAGCGGAGAGCGUUAAGCCUCUUAUAUGCACUUAAACCAGGGAUGGAAGGCUUAUGAAACAGUGGUUUUAAAACGUACAGCUCGCACUGUUAAGAUCGCUAACUUACAAAUCGUUUGCGCUUUAAUUUCAUCAUGCGUCAACAGCAAGAAAAAAGCAAAAAUAAAUAAAUAAAAUAACUCGCUGCCUGCCACAGUCACGGUGACUAACUAUUUCGGUCGCUAGCAAAUAGUCCAUCAACCGGAUGUGUGCAUGUCACACACAGCAUCAGGUCCCCGCGCCACCACGUCCACUCUCCCUCCUCUCUAUCUCGAGACCUGCUGCUUUGGUUUGGACGGGGGAAAUCCUUAACUGAAUUGCGUCAUAAAUACGUCAAUAAAGUCCCAUUCACUGACGAUCAGGUACCACGGUAGCCGCCAUAUUCGCAUCUAUGGUAGGGUAGCGGUGCUUUCGGCGAGCGUGUGAUCCAGUCAUCAACAUCGACUGUUCCCUGCGCCGACCCUCCAAACCUUUCCUCGGAGCGGCCCGCGGUUCCACAGCCUGCAUCGGAGCAUCGAGGCA